AUGCGCAUUUAAGUGACGGCACUGCAGAACUCUAUCGAUUUUUGAUGUGUGAAGGACUGGUUGUUCUUCCUUCAAGUUUUGUCGGGUGUUCGGUCUAGUUGGUGUCUAAUUCAACAUAUUUGAAUGGGAUUAUUCCGUGCAGAUACUCUUUUAAGUGGUGUGUGAUUAAAACUAAGUGGUCAAGAUGACAAAGGAUAGAUUAGCAGCACUCGUUGCAGCCCAAAGUGACGAUGACGAUGUCGGCCCUGACGACGUUGCUGUUAACGUCGAAGGCAGAGAUGGAUUUAUGGAUGCAUUUUUCCAAGAGGUGGAGGAAAUUCGGGACAUGAUAGACAAGAUACAAGCCAACGUUGAAGAGGUGAAGAAAAAGCAUAGUGCCAUCCUGUCGGCACCACAGAGCGAUGAGAGUGAGUACCUACUUCUAUAUGUGCAUUUAUUUGUUAAGGUUAUAUAUGCGUAA